CUGGCACUCACAUCUGGGAUACAAACAAACAGGCCUCCGCUUGGAAUACAGCUGUGAUGGGACCUUUGCAUCUCCUUCCAGCCGUGGUUCUGUCCAUGUGCUGUCAUGUUCACUUUACAUUAGCUUGGACGGUGAAUAACUUCCUCAUGACUGGACCUAAGGCCUUUCUGACAUAUGCAGGCAGUGUGCAAGUGGGCGCACAAAGUGGAAUACAUGAGUGUAAACACCAGUUUGCGUGGGAGAGAUGGAACUGCCCAGAAAACACGCUCCAGUUAUCCACACACAAUGGCCUUCGAAGUGCCACAAGGGAAACAUCUUUUGUCCACGCCAUUAGCGCGGCUGGAGUGAUGUACACGCUCACUAAGAACUGCAGUAUGGGAGACUUUGACAACUGCGGCUGUGACGACUCCAGAAUUGGACAGACAGGUGGAAGAGGGUGGAUUUGGGGAGGCUGCAGUGACAAUGUGGCGUUUGGAGAAAAGAUCUCCAAACAGUUUGUGGACGCGCUGGAAGGUGGGCAUGACUCUCGCGCAGCAGUCAACCUGCAUAACAACGAGGCAGGCAGACUGGCAAUCAAAGCUACCAUGAGGAGAGCCUGUAAGUGUCACGGAGUGUCUGGCAGCUGCAGCAUCCAAACCUGCUGGAUGCAGCUGGCCGACUUCAGAGAGGUGGGCAACUACCUGAAGACGAAGCACGAGCAUGCAAAGAAGCUGGAGAUGGACAAGAAGCCGGCGAGGGUUGGGAACAGCGCGGAUAACAGAGGAGCCAUGGCGCACGCUUUUAGGGGUAUCCCCCGUACUGAGCUCAUUUACCUAGAAGACUCUCCUGAUUACUGCGUUAAGAACCAGAGCGUGGGAUUUCCGGGCACCGAGGGGCGGGAGUGUCUAAAAGGUAGCAAGAACAUGUCCCAGUGGGAGAGGAAGAGCUGCCGCAGGCUGUGCUUUGACUGCGGCCUCAAAGUUGUGGAGAAGCGCAUUGAGGUUGUCAGCAGCUGCAACUGCAAAUUUCACUGGUGCUGCACCGUGAAGUGUGACAAAUGCACGCAAGUUGUUACUAAAUAUUACUGUGCACGUAAAGAAGGUGUCAGGAAACCUCAUAAUAAAACGAAGCGCAGACACCGUGCGCGCCGGCACUGA